CUAUGCGCCCCGGCUGAGCCCAGCCCCGGAGGGCAGGGCAGGGCGCUCGCCGGCGGCGGCAGCAGCAGCAGCCGCCAGAGUCGCCCCGGGGCCCGGCAGCCGCCCGCCCGCCUGCUGCCGCCUCCCCUGCCCGGCCGGGGCCGGGGCCGGGCCGGCGCCGCGGCGGCCGUCCCAUGUCCCGCAAGGCCAGCGACAAUGUGGAGUACACGCUGCGGAGCCUGAGCAACCUGAUGGGCGAGAAGCGGCGGCGGCAGGCGGACGGCUCCGCCGGCUCCAGCGCGGCGGCGGCGGCGGGCGAGCGGAGCCUCAUCGCCGCCGCCGAGUCGUGCUCCAGCCUCAACAGCGCGGCGUCGGGCGCGGAGCUGGAGCGGGCGGCGCGGCGGCAGUUCCAGCAGGACGAGACGCCCGGCUUCGUCUACGUGGUGUCGGUCUUCUCCGCCCUGGGGGGCUUCCUCUUCGGCUACGACACCGGCGUGGUGUCCGGGGCGCUGCUCCUGCUCAAGAGGGAGCUCAACCUGGACGCCCUCUGGCAGGAGCUGCUCGUCUCCAGCACGGUGGGCGCCGCCGCCCUCUCCGCCCUGGCCGGCGGCGUCCUCAACGGGCUGUGCGGCCGCCGACCCUGCAUCCUGCUGGCCAGCUGCCUCUUCACGGCGGGGGCCGGCGUGCUGGCCGCCGCCCGCGACAAGGAGACGCUGCUGGCGGGCCGCGUCGUGGUGGGACUGGGCAUCGGUGUAGCAUCUAUGACAGUACCCGUGUACAUCGCAGAAGUCGCUCCGCCGCACUUAAGAGGCAGAUUAGUUACCAUUAACACGCUGUUCAUCACGGGAGGGCAGUUUUUCGCAAGUGUCGUCGAUGGACUCUUCAGCUACCUCGCAAAGGAUGGAUGGAGGUACAUGCUGGGCCUCUCAGCUGUUCCGGCAGUUAUACAGUUUCUUGGCUUCCUGUUUCUUCCUGAGAGUCCCCGUUGGCUCAUUCAGAAAGGCCAGACUCAGAGAGCACGAAGAAUUCUCUCUCAGAUGCGUGGUAACCAGGCAAUUGAUGAGGAGUAUGACAGUAUCAAAAACAACAUUGAAGAAGAAGAAAAAGAAGUUGGAUCAGGUGGACCUGUGAUCUGCAGAAUGCUAACAUAUCCCCCAACUCGAAGAGCCUUAAUUGUGGGUUGUGGUCUGCAGAUGUUUCAACAACUGUCAGGGAUUAACACCGUCAUGUACUACAGUGCUACCAUUUUGCAGAUGUCGGGAGUCCAAGAUGACAGGCUUGCAAUCUGGCUGGCUGCACUGACAGCAUUUAUAAACUUCAUUUUCACUCUUGUGGGAGUCUGGCUUGUUGAAAGAAUGGGUCGCCGGAAACUUACACUCGGUAGUUUAUCAGGUACUGCUGUAGCACUCAUUAUCCUAGCUUUGGGAUUUUUGCUAUCAGCUCAGGUCUCGCCAAGAAUCACACUUACUCCACCAGAUCCUUCACAUCAAAACUCUACCUGCACAAAAUACAGUUAUUGUAAUGGAUGUAUGUUAGAUCCAGACUGUGGUCUCUGCUACAAAUUGAAUAAAUCGGGUGUUGUUGAGUCCUCAUGUAUUCCUGUUGAUAAGGAUUCUACAAUGAAAGCAGCUUGGGGCAGGUGUUCAAAUGAAACUGUAUUUAAAAAGGAAGAUUUAUUUUGGGCUUACAACUUCUGCCCCACUCCAUACUCUUGGACAGCACUUCUGGGCCUUAUUUUAUACUUGGUUUUCUUUGCACCUGGGAUGGGUCCCAUGCCCUGGACCGUCAAUUCUGAAAUUUACCCACUUUGGGCAAGAAGUACUGGAAAUGCGUGUUCAUCCGGAGUCAACUGGGUUUUCAAUGUGCUCGUGUCACUGACGUUUCUGCAUACGGCUGAAUAUCUUACAUACUACGGAGCGUUCUUCCUCUAUGCAGGGUUUGCUGGCCUGGGACUCGUUUUCAUCUAUGGCUGCCUCCCUGAGACUAAAGGGAAAAAACUGGAGGAAAUUGAAUCUUUGUUUGAAAACAGGCUAUGUACAUGUGGUAUGUCAGAUUCUGAUGAAGGGAGGUAUAUUGAGUAUAUUCGGGUGAAGGGAAGUAAUUACCAUCUUUCUGACAAUGAUGCUUCUGAUGUGGAAUAAUUUUCAGCUGCUGAUGUAUUUAAUCAUUUAAAAGCCUUCUGGGGGAAGAGCAGCUCUUUGAUGACCUCACUGCCCUGCUUCUGGUCUGGUUCUCCUUUCUACUGUCUAGUUAAAAAUGCCUUCAUAUUCAAAAAUGCUCCAUUUGGGAGGCAGUUCGAUAUGUUAGUGUUUUCUUGAUAACUAAAAGCAAUGGCUUCCAAAAAAGAUCAAAUUCCAUUAUUAUAGUAAUUAAUCAAGAUUGUGCAAUACUGCACCAUCCCGAGAUAUUCAGUACAGUGUGCUGUACCAAGUGAAUAUAGAAGGCUCUCCGAGAUGGAUAGUGGUUAUCCUUAUCUUCAAUACUGACAAAAGUCAAAAUAAUACAAUAACUAAUCAGAAAGCAGCUGAGAUCUGUUUGGUGCCUGUUCCAUAGCAGUCGAGCAUAAGGUUCUGCUACGUAGUACAAAAACUGAUGAAUGCAUAAGCUGCUGAAAGGGUAAUCAUUUAAAGGGAUUAACUGAGCUUUAAGAUUCCAGUAUAUGCUCUGUGUAUCAGAGGGAACAUUUCCCUAAUUUACCCUAAUAGAAUUUCACUUCUAUUUAUGUGUAAUGAUGUAUAGAGAGCCAUACUCACCUAUGUAGUGUUUCACUAGGGUGGCAUAGGUGUGUGCUGUACUGGGUUAUCCAGGCGCUGCUGCUCUUUGAGUAUACACUACAAUCAGUAGUUGUAGCUGUGAGAUAAACUGCCAAAAAUAACUUCCUGAUAGCAGUAAAACAGAGCUAAGUAUGUGACCACAUGUACAAAUGAACUAGUAUCUGCUGCUAAGUACAAAACUUCAGUUAGUUGGAAAUAAAUCAUUUUUGUUGUCCUUUUUUGCAUGUGAGCAUUUGGGAAUGUGCCUACUUUUGAACACAAAAUAUCAUGAGCUAAAAAAAAUAAAAGGAAGAGAGAGGUUUUGUGCUGCUAAGUGCAUCCUGAUCAUUCUUCUUGUGCCCUUUGCUCACGAAAAAUCAUAUUGCCUUCGGUUUAUAUGUGCAGAGUAAAUGAAUCCAAGCAAAUUUUUCCUUCAGGUGCCCUUAAUCAACCAGUGUCUUACUAGAUCUAAACAGAAAUAUUAGCAAUGGACAGAAGCCUGCAUCUCAUAUUAAUUGCCUUAUUGAAGCAUUGCAAAAUUGUCAAGAAAAUACCAGGCACAAAAAUCAAGUUGGCUGCCUUUAGCAUGGUAAUGAAAAUAUUUAUGGUAUUUGUUCACCUGCCAUGAUUACUUGCCUUGGCAAAUUGAGUUUUAUGCAGCUACCUAAAAAUAUUAUUUUUUUUUCCUUGCCCUAGCCUCACUGCUUUAAUUUUUCGGAGGUAUGAGUUUGAAAAUACGAGAAAUUCAAACUCUUAUCUUUGAAAUAUUUGCUUCAUGGAAGAAUGUGGAAAACCCCCUCUGCCUAUGGUCUGUUCCCCCAUUUAUGUGGUAAAAAUACAUUUAUUUUCAUUGUUUAAAGAUUAAAGAAAUUGUUGGGUUCAUUGGUUUUUAUAGAUAAUUUGGGUUGAAAAAUAUUUUGAAAGUAAGAGUGCUAUCAAAAUGAGACUGGAUAUUUGUAACUAAAUUAUUCUUGUUGGAUGACAUGUGGAUAUUUUUGUUGUUGGAAUGAUGAAGUCUGAUGUUAUGCUAUUGAGGGGGGUUUCUUACUCUUUAAGUUCUGAACUUCAGUGAUUGAGGUGUAUGUUGGGUCAUUUUCUUUAUUGCUUGAUUAAUCAAAGAAAUAUUUUUAAAAAGAAACAUUUAAAAAUAUCUCUCUGUAAUCUGGCUGGAAAUAAGAGGGGAAAGCGUAGCGGACAGAGGGAAUUUGAAGUGACUCAUGGUGAACGGUGGACCUGGAGCGUUUCCUGGCGUAGCGAGAGCGCUGGAUACUCAGGCCUUAGAUCUUUCCUCUCCUUUAAGCGCACAACGUUUUUAUGCUCCUAAGCACCAGCUGUUGAAAACGUUCAGGUCUCCAGAACCAUAUACGAUAUACCCACGGCAGAAUAGCUCUGUUUGGCUGUCACCUCUUCGAAGCCUUCACCAAAGGUGCACUACCUUAAAUGAGAGAAAGGGAUACUUGUCACGGACAGGAACAAGAUGGUCUUAAGAGUAUGGAGGUUCCUUCUGAAAAAAACCUGUCUUUCAGGACCUUGCUCGGAAGAGUUUCCGUGUCCGGAACAGCGCAGGGAUCGGUGUUUCGCAUCCACCCCGUGCUUGCCUGGCCCCCGGCGCGGGGGCAGAGCGAAGCGGGUCUGUGCUGGCUCUCCGAGCAGGGGCUGUGGCUCGGACCCCGCGGGGCGGCAGCCGGCGCGAGCGUCCCCGCUCGGCGGGCUGCAGCGCGUCGCCGGCGCUGUGUUGCACUUAGGUCCACAGUUAGAGGAACCCGUGGCAUGACCGAAGCGAGGGCCCGAUGGAGCUCGCGCUGCCAGGAUCAGCGUCUCUCUUGUUUUUUUUUGCAGGCAGCGCUGGGGCUCUUUAGCAACCGAGGAUCGCCUUUCUUUGCCCGCUUUGUUUCGCAGAUGUUCUCAAAAGUGACAUUCAGUUAUGGUCAGUCGCAGGCUGGCCUCCAACACAGCAGUUGGGUCAGACAGAAGCAAUUUUCUAAAGUUUUGCA